UAAAAAGAUAAGAAAAAAAAAAAAAUGGAGAAGAAGAAAAGAUACUCAUUUUAUCGAUCAAAUGCCCCCAGCUUUAACAAAGAUAAACUACACAUGCAGGUAUGAGAAGGACCCGUACGACCGCUGCUGGCGGACCCCGCAUCUAAAGGAUCAGUUUCCUAUUUAUAGUUCUAACUCUGUGUCUCCCAAUUCCUUCCAACCGCCAUCCUCAGUAAUGCAAACUGCUGUUCGUCCCUCUGAUCUGAAUGCGAGCAUAUCUUUCGGUUGGACAGAAGAACAGUUGUACAAUUGGAACUUUUACUUCGCCUUCCAUUUCUCAGAGUUAGAAGUACUAAAUACGACAGAGUUGAGAGAAUUCAACAUAUUCAUCGAUGAUGGACAUAGGAGCAAAGACGACCCAUGGAAUGCCAAACCUGUGAAUCCAGGGUACUUGACAACGAUAAGCAUUUACACAACCGGUAUUUAUACAUCGAGGAAUGGCCUUAGCGUAUCCAUCAACAAGACGAGAAGAUCCACCCAUCCUCCAAUUCUCAAUGCGUUUGAGAUGUAUAGUGUCUCUGCACUCUCCCUGCUGGCAACUUACCAACAAGAUGGUACUCUCUCUGUCUCACACAUACCAUCCCCGUCAUAGUUCCCAUUAGUGCUUUGAAACUAGUGACUCAGGCGCAGGCUGACCAAGUCAGCUGGAUCCUGAAGAAAAGAAACCAUGGUGAGUUUGAGUCCUGGUCCGGUAUUUUUUCACCAAGAGUUUUGACCCCACCUCCAACUAUGAUGAGUCAGUAGGCGACACCAAUUACCAAUUUUCGAUUGCACUAACCGGCCAUGGGCCUGGUCCGGAACCGGUCCAGUAGCCAGCCCCAACAAGUUGAUGCUCUAAUGGACAUCAAGAAAGAAUAUGCAUUGAAGGGUUGGUUAGGAGACCCCUGCCUUCCUAAAGGAUACAGUUGGGAUGUGUUAAUUUGCAGCAAUGCACCAUUUCCAAGAAUCAUUUCCUUGAACCUUCAAGGCUAUGAAUUGAUGGGGGAAAUAUUAAGAGCUCUAGGAAACCUCCAAGAAAUCCAAAUAUUGAAUUUAGCAAACAAUCGCCUUAACGGUGCAAUACCUGAAUUUUUAGCUAAUCUACCUAACCUGGUAUCACUCGAUUUAAGGGACAACAACUUAAGUGGGCCAGUUCCAAGGACUUUACUAUAUAAGAAUAACAGCGGGUCCCUUUUUUUGAGUAUAGAAGGCAAUCCAAGGCUAUGUUUAUCCAAUUCAUGUGAUCAGAGUGGAGAUAGCAAAUUGAGGGUACACAAACGACAUCAAAAGGUUUCUUUGGUUGUAAUAAUAGCAUCAUCUCUUGGAGGAGUAUUGGUCAUAGUUUCUUUAUUGGUUAUGGUGCUGCUAUUGAAGAGAAGGAAACUUCGAGUACUCAUCUUAUCAGAAGCAGCAACAGUGGGCAAGGGAAAGCUACGAUCUUCAUCUACAAUGAGUGGUUCCCAAGCGUUCACAUACUCGGAGAUCGUAAGUAUAACAAAUAACUUCCAGAAUGCCAUCGGUAGAGGAGGAUAUGGGACUGUUUUUCAUGGAUGCCUCAAAGAUGGUCGUCAAGUCGCUGUAAAAAUGCGGUCUGACAGUUCACGCCAAGGACUCAAGCAGUUCAUGGCAGAGAUUGAAUUGUCGGUGAGAGUUCACCAUAAAUACCUAAACACCUUCUUAGGAUUUUGUGAGGAUGGCAACAACAUGAUUCUCAUCUAUGAAUACAUGAGCAACGGAAAUCUGCAAGCAACUCUGUCAGAUGGGAAUAGCUCCAGAAUCAUGAACUGGGAGCAACGUCUUAAAAUAGCUCUGGGUGCUGCACAAGGAUUGGAGUAUCUGCAUUGCGGAUGCAAACCGCCAAUAAUUCAUAGAGAUGUGAAGACAUCCAACAUCCUCUUAAAUGAAAGAAUGGAAGCCAAAUUGGCAGACUUUGGGCUAUCAAAGGCUUGGCCAAACGAGGUAGAUACUCACAUAUCAACUGCAGUUGUUGGAACACCAGGAUAUGUAGACCCAGAGUACUACAUUACCAACAAGCUAAAUGAGAAGAGUGAUGUUUAUAGCUUUGGGAUAGUUCUUCUAGAGAUUUUAUCAGGGCAACCAUCAAUAAUCAUAGAUGGGCAAACUCAGGAAAGAAUCCAUAUUGUACAAUGGAUAACUCCCAAUCUAGAGAAGGGGGACAUCCAAAGUGUUGUUGACCGAAGGAUGCAGGGGGGAUAUGAUAUGAAUUCAGUAUGGAAAGUUGCAGAGAUAGCCAUGGCAUGCACCCAAAAAAUUGGUAUAAAGAGACCUACAAUGAGUGAGGUUGUGAACGAAUUGAAGGGAUCCCUGAAUCUAGAGUUUGCCCGAUCAAGCAAGACAAAUUCAAGAAGACAAUCAAGGUCACAGCCCAUGAAUUCAAGUGAUCCAAUUGAGUUUGAGGAUGACUCACUGUUCUACCCUUCACCAAGGUAGGGACCAAACCAACAGAGAUGUGAACCUUACAAACCAUUUUUCAAGUUUUACUUGUUCUUACAUGUUACUGCAUCGCUAUACGUUUAUGUAUGUAUGUCUGCCAUGAGAUAUUUUGAAGUUUUCAUAGCCUUCCAACUUUAACACAACCCCAUUUACUCAGGUUCUAUCACCAUGAUUCUAUAAAGUUUUUACAUGUAAUAAUAUGCAGAAAGAUUAUGAUUAUCGUGCGGACCAAGUUCUA